AUGCAGAUAACAGAGGCGAGGCCGAAGGUGACGCUAGUGGUGAGAAUGGCAGCGUCGGUGGCAAACUAUGACUACAUCAUGGAUUGGGAAUUUCAAACCGAUGGACUAAUCAGACCCAAGGUGGGGCUGAGUGGAAUCCUGAUGGUGAAAGGAACACCGUACGAUCACACCAGCCAGAUUCCACCGCAAGAGUAUCUCUAUGGCACGCUCCUCGCCGACAACGUCAUCGGAGUAAUCCACGACCACUUCAUAAACUACUGCCUUGACAUGGACAUCGACGGCGAGCCAAACUCCUUUGUCAAGGUCAACUUAAAGCGACACCAGACGUCGCCGGAGGAAGACUCUCGAAGAAGCUACCUGAAAGCGGUGAGGAACGUGGCCAAGACGGAGAAGGACGCAGAGAUAAGACUGAAGCUGUACGACCCGUCGGAGUUCCACGUGAUAAACCCUAACAAGAAGACCAAGGUGGGGAAUCCGGUGGGGUACAAGGUGGUCCCCGGAGGCACGGCGGCGAGCUUGCUGGACGCGGAGGAUCCUCCGCAGAAGAGAGCGGCGUUCACGAAUAAUCAGAUAUGGGUGACGCCUUACAAUGAGAGCGAGCAGUGGGCCGGUGGCUUGUUUGUUUAUCAGAGCCAAGGAGACGACACUCUGGAAGUCUGGGCCAAGAGAGAUCGAGGGAUAGAGAACAAGGACAUAGUGGUGUGGUACACAAUAGGGUUUCAUCACAUACCAUGUCAAGAAGACUACCCAAUCAUGCCCACAGUGUCGUCAAGCUUCGAUCUCAAGCCUGUGAAUUUCUUCGACAGAAACCCUAUUCUCAGAAUGCCUCCAACUUUUGAAGACGACUUGCCUGUUUGCAAGCCUCGUGACUUAGCCUGAGAUCCUUUUAAUUUGGUUCCAUGAUAUGCUGAUGAGGCCACUUGUGUAUGGGCAUUUGUUUGUGUUUCCUGGUCCAUGGACAUUAAGGCAUAAAUAUUUGUAUAUUCAAUAAGAGGCGUAAUCAGUGAGCAAGUGCGAUUACGUGUCUGCAUGGAAUUCAAAAUCAAAAUAUAUUAUCUUUAA